AUGGAGGCCCCAGCUCCAACGCCUCGACCUCGAAUUUUGGGCCGCUCCUCCAUGUUGCGCUUUUUCCGUAGGCUGGUGGGGAGAAAGAGCAGCCCCAAAAGCUCCGCCAAGGCCCUGUCACGGGGUCGGGCAUGCCCCUCGCAAGAGCAGGACGCCAUGCCCCUGAUGACAGAUCGCAAGGGAGGAGUGGGGAGGAAGCAGCCCAGGUCACCCGCCACACUGCCCUAUGUCCUCUCUGUGGCCGUGCCACGGCACAGUCCCUCGGGGCUGGGGGACAUGGGGACCCAGACCCCCAACCCCGUGGAGGUCCUGAGGGUCGCGGCCCAGAGUGUGGAGGUGAAGUCAGUCCUGCCCAGAGGAAGCCAGGAGGUGCUGGACAACCUGUCUGAGAAGGAGGGGAGGGAAGAGGAGGAGGCAGCAGGCGAGGCCUCCGGGGACCCAGGGACCUCCAGCAGAAGCCACUUUGCCAGAGCCCUGGAGGCGGAGCGAGGAUGCCUGCGGAGGGCCACGGGGCCGCUGGAGGUCAGCCCCGAGGCCUUCACCAGGGAGGAGAAGGAGUGUCUGCUUGAUGGAGACCUCAGGCUAGCCUCUUCGAAGGAGGGGGCCACCCCUUGGAACCGCCUCCUCACCUUGUACAAGCAGCUUCAGAAGUCAGCGGUGGUCAAGUUGCCUCUCAAGGAAGGCUUGACCCCUGAGGAGAAAGGGGAGGAAGAGGAAACGGAGGAAGAGGACAGCUCAUUCAAGUUCUGUGUCCCAGGCACCGUCACCCUCCAGUCCCCGCUGCAUAAGACCUUUAGGUCGACAGACACCGUGGGUUUCGUGGAGUCGGAGUUAAAGAAGCUUCUGGUAGUACAGCGGGAGUCCCGCCUCUGGAAGAUGGGCAGCCACGAGGGCCGGGAGCUGCUCACCCAGCCAGAGAUCACCCUGGAGGAGGCGGGCAUUGUGGACGGCCAGCACCUGCUCCUUGAGGAGAUGGACGAGAUGGGAAACUGGCCUCCGGAGUGACCCCGGUGCUGGCCCUGAGUCUGCCCCACCCCAGGGCCCUGGAACUUGCAUAGGAAUGUAUCCCCCCUUCUAGGGCACAGCCAAGGAACCCCUGGGGCCAGGGGUCUUGGGAUAAACAGUGUCCACCUGUCUGCAGGGUGGGCCUGCCCGGCAGACUGUCCCCACCCAUCAGACUCAGGCC